AUGGCUGAUGGGGUCAGUGACUCGGACGGGCCGGUUUUCUGUUGCGAAGAAGACUGCAGAAACUCCGCCAUUCUCCAGACAACACUCAACAAGGCCACUCGAAGACGCGACCGAAACGACAACAGCUUUCGCGUCGCCCUGGUUCGCAUUGAAACCCAGGCACUCGCAGCUUUCCAGGUCACUGCUUAUAUGCCCUCCAUGCACCCAGCACAGAUUGUUUGUAAAGCCCUGGAUGACCCAGCCUCGCGUAAUGUCAUUUUGCACAUGAGCGACUUCUCAUCGCAGCCGGCGGCCGUGGUGACCUCUGUGGACGCCCUGGCGGGGGCGGUGCGAGCUGCUCAACAUGCGCAUGGCGCCGCGAUGCGGUUAGCCGAACGAGUGGGGCGGUACUCGGAGCGAAUGAAAUUCUUGCGGGCCGUCCAGGCCGCCAAAGACGACAUGCGGAAAAUGAAAGACACCCUCGCCAUCUACUCCAGGGUCAUCAGGACCUACCAAUUAACAUUCUGGGCAACCUUCGAGCUCAACCGACUUGCGCUUGCUGUACCUAUAACCUUGGCGCCUAGACUUAUCGUACCAACCACAAUGACGCCUGAGGUGACUGAGGUUGUACCUGCUAUAACACGGAUCCUGGCAGAAGGAGAGUUGACAUCGGAGCUGUUCAACGACCUUUUGACCAACAAGGGCGACACCUGGCUUUGA